UAUUUUGUUGUUGCGAACUUGUGAAAUACGAGCCAGCUGUCAGAUUUGUUUUUAUUAUGUUUUAAUUUUGUUUGGUAUCAUUUUCCUAACAUUCUACUUGGAUACUUUGUCUUCUUCGAAUAAUGUUAAUAGUGAGCUUUAUUAAGGUAUCACUUGCGUUGUAUUUUUGGAUUAGUACGUGCUAAAAUAACCGUGUUUUCUUAAUUAUUCACUCGUCACUUUAUCAUGAGGAGUUUUAUUGUAGAAAAGAAACAUAAGCUAAGUGACAUUAAAUAUGAUCACUUCGGUACUCAAGUUACAAAUACAAAAACAGAAUAUUGCUGCAGAGGAUUAAUUGUGACAAGCUGUUUCCUGUUUGUGUGCGCGAGUGCAGUGAUUUGUGUAGCUUUGUAUCAAAAUGGAAUGUGGGGGAAUAGUCAUAUUAGUGAUAUCAGUGGAAGCCUGCAGAGUAGAGUUGCAGAAAGAGUAAUAUCAUGUUACUAUAACAUGCCUAGCGAGCAUGCAACUGAUGAAUUGAUGCCAUCUGGUAUUAAUCCAAAUUUGUGUACACACAUUAACUUAGCUUUUGCUCAGGUAGUCAGUAAUGAGAUAAGACUCGAGCCCCAUCAGUAUCGUACAAUUAUCGAAAUGGUUAAACUCAAGCAUACAAAUCCAGACUUAAAAAUUCUAGUGUCAGUUGGAGGCGCUGGAACUGAUAAAGGUUUUCCUGAUAUGGUAUUAAAUCACAAAUCAAGAAAGACUUUUAUUAAGUCAGUGAAAUACUUAUUGAGGAAUCAUUCCUUGGAUGGGAUAGACUUGGAUUGGGAAUUCCCAGCAUUACAUAAUGCAUUAGGUGGUGGUCGUGAGCGACAACAUUUCUCACAAUUGCUUCGGGAAAUUCGUAUGGAAUACAUUAGAGAGAAACGGGAUUAUAUUUUAACCGUAGCCGCUGCAGCUCCUCAGGCAAUUGUUGAUGUGUCCUAUGAUGUCGACCAAUUGAAUAUGUAUGUUGAUUAUGUAAAUAUCAUGACAUAUGAUUUCCACUCCUUCACCAAAUACACUCCAUUCACUGGGCUGAACUCUCCCCUGUACCAGCGGAGCACAGAACAGCUGUAUUUGGCCACAUUGAAUAUAAACUACACCAUACACCUGUACUUGGACAAGGGACUAGAUCGUAACAAAAUAAUUGUAGGCAUACCUACUUAUGGUCAUACAUUCUCUUUGGUCAAUGUUGAUAACCACCAAGUAAACAGCCCUGCCUCUGGCUUCGGAUCCCUUGGAUCUUUAGGGUUUAUUAAUUUUCCAGAUGUGUGUGCUUUUGUGACCAAUACUGAGAAUGUCACAAUUACUAGAGACAAUGAGGCCAAGGUCUCUUACUUAUAUAAAAACAAAGAAUGGGUAUCUUAUGAAGACCCUCAGAGUGUUAUGGAGAAAGCAAAGUUUAUAAUUGAGAAUAAAUUAGGGGGAGCCAUGAUAUAUUCACUGAAUGCUGAUGACUACAAGGGAGAGUGUCGCGGUGCAGUGGCACGCGCAGGCGUCGCUGGCUUCCCGCUAGCUAAGAUAGUGAGCAAAACCUUGAAGAGUCAUAUUAGUAGCUCUGAGCAAAAUAUGUCUUUAGUUCAGCGGCGCGGCCAUUAAUCCAUAACCAGUAUUAAAUUGAAGCACAUUCAUUAAGAGUAAUAAUUAGUUCUAGAAAGUUACCUGUUUCUUCCUUGUCACCUGGACGGCGAUCGCCCACGCGGAAGGUGCGAGGCCGCUCGGCCGGCGGCAGCGGGGCAGAGCGCGGCCGCGGCGGCACUGCGCACCGCGCGUCUACUUCGCCAGCUCUGUGCUCAUGCUCAUCCAUUCAGAACCGCACGCGCCGCAUACAUUAUACUUGCUUCUAAUUAACUUUUACAGUUGGAAAAAUUGAAGACUUAUAGUGCUCGAUUUACAGUGAACUCUCCGCUCCAAUGGCCAUGCGUAGGACGCACUUACUAUUCUUGUAUAGUGACAGGAUACUUAUCUGAGGUCGUUUCUUCGUUAGGCACGGAAAUUCAAGUCGACCAAAGUUCCUAUUUCAAAAAUUGUUUUGGUAGGUACUUACAUCACCACUUACUCACCUAUUGCCUAAUAUAGGACUGUAGGUGACUAAUUUGCAGUGCAUUAAUGUCGAUUCAGUUUAUCAAAAGCUGGUUGUUGGAAAAUUAUUGUCAGAUUUGCUGUUCCGUUAUUGGGUGAGUAGGUGGUAGGUGGAGAUGACAAAUGUAAAUACCUAAUAUUUAUUUAUUUAUGUAAUUUCUAAAAUAAAACCUAAGAUCGAUGUCAUCGAUGUGAAAUUAAUCUUUUUAAAGAAACCACAUAAGUAAGACGACAAUCUUAGAAGUCUACAAUCUUACUACUAAGUGGUGACCGUUCUAAUGGGUAGAUUUAUUUACAAAUAUUUCAUUUCACAUAUCAAUUAUGACCUAAAUAGAUUAUUGGUAUACAUGUUCGAAUAUUAUUAGGUACCAUCGACUUUUAAAGGCGGCUCUACACACUGGGCCAUCGCGUUGGACCAAUGUAGUGAAUGGUAAGUAGAGAGACCUAAAUGUCCUUUCUGUACAUUUCAAUCAAAUGUAAAACCUUCGUCCACGCCAUUGCAAUUCGGGUGUAACAACAUACGCGCGACAGUACCGUCUUUGCUGACGAAUGACAACAAACUGAUUGAGGUCAAUAUGUAAACGCUGGUUGUGGAGCGCGCCAAGAUCCUUAAGGCACUUUUCCUGCGGACAAGACUCGCGUGUGGACUAAAAUACGCGUGACAGGAAAAGAGCCCUAAUGUGGGCACGUUAAACUGGUGCCAGUGCCGGCCGACGACAUAGCGCCAAGUAAUGCCGCUUUUACACAUUGAGCCUUUUACACAUAGUCAUGUAGUAUAGUAGGCCCAAUGUGUAGACACUAUGUCGAUAGUUGUCGCCAACGUUGACCGGCCAACUGAAUGUUAUCGGCUUUUCGUGCCCACAUCAAAGGAUCUUGGAGCGCUCCACAUAAUUAUGGUGUUUAUCCAUUGGUGUCGCAUUCAGUUUGUUGUCAUUCGUCGGUAAAGACGGUACUGUCACGUGUGAGUUGUUCUCGAAUUAAGUACAAUAACCUGGACGAACACUCGACAUUUUACAUUUCAUGGAAAUGUACAGAAAGGACAUCUACAAUUCACUACCUAUGUUGGCCCAGUGUGUAGAGCCACCAUUACGGUAGUACACUUUUAAACAAAAUCCUGUGGCAAACUCUCUCCACCGUGUUUUCCUUGUGCGCCGAGUGUAUGGGAAAAUCUUCGAAUGAUGCUCGACCGCCAACUUUGUCGAUUGUAUGUAGUAUAGGUAUAAAAUUGUAACUACAAUAUAUAGGUACCUAAUAUUUCGAACUAAAAUAUGACUGUAUAUUUUUGUAAUAUAAAACCUGUUGUACCUA